AUUACAGGAAUAGUUAUGGAAACUAGAGUAGUAGUAAUUUUGGCUAUAAUAUUUAUGUAUAUACUUGAACCAAAAGCACCUAUAGACCCAUCAAUCUGGCACAGUUUCACAGACAAUAUCUUUGGAGUGUGGAACACUAAUUUGGAGUCUCUUACUAGUUUCCAUGAGUUCAAACCUCCUGCUCCAGAUUCUCCAAGUCUUCAAGACAUUUUUCAUCAUUUUCUAAGAUCUGCACCUGAAGGUGUGAAACGUAAAUUCUCUGAAGAACAGAAAACAGAUGUUUCAGUAAAGAAACCAAAAACACAAGAAUCAAGUUCAGAUGAUUCAAGUGAUGAUGAUGCACCGGUUAGCAAGAAUGAACCGCAACAAAAAAAGGUUGUGGCCAGUUCAAAAACUAAAUCAUCUUCUUCAUCUAGUUCUUCUGAAAGUGAAGAAGAAACAAUUGAAAACUCAAAUAAGAAAAUUGUAAAUGAAAAUAAAUUGCCUAAGGAAAAACAAACGUCUCAAAUUAAAGCUAUAGCGACAAAGCCACCUGACAGUUCAUCGUCCGAGUCAGAAAGUGAUACAAAUAAAACUCCUACUUCCUCCCAGACAACUACAGUUAAGUCUAAGACAGUUAUAAGACAAAACCACAGUAUUAGUAGUUCUAGUUCAAGCUCUAGUUCUGAUUCUGAAAAGAAGACUAAAUCUCAGUCAACUCAACUGGAAACAUUACAAAAAGAACCUUUAGUCCAGAGUACAAAAGUCAUUAAAAAACUAAUGAUUCUGAUACAACAAGUUCUGAAUCAGAGUCUGAAGAGGAAAAGGUUCCUACUAAGAAAAAUACUUCUAACACAGCACAACCUCAACUCGGAUUCAGAAUCUGAAGAUGAAAAAGCUCCUGCUGAUAAGAAAAAUAAAACAACAAAUACAUUAUCACAAUUAAAAACCCCACAGAAUCUGAAGAAGGAUAGCAGUAGUGAUACAUCAAGUUCAGAAGAUGAAGAUGAAAAAGCUCCCGCUGGUAAGAAAAAUGUUUCUAGCAAAAUACCACCACAAGUAAAAACUCCACAGAAUGAGAAGAAGGAUAGCAGUAGCGAUACAUCAAGUUCAGAAUCUGAAGAUGAAAAAGCUCCUGCUGAUAAGAAAAAUGUUUCUAUCAAAAUAUCAUCUCAGUUGAAAGCCCCACAGAAUUUCAAGAAAGAUAGUGAUUCUGAUGCAUCAAGUUCAGAAUCCGAGGAGGAUGAAAAAUCUAAUAUCAAAAAUGUCUCUAGCAAAAUUGCACCUCAAGCAAAAAAUAACAGCACAAUGAAAGUGGGAAGAAAGAAUGAACCUCUCAGCUCAGUGUCUGAGAUUGAUAAAGCAAAGGCUUCCAAGAAAAAUGUAUCUUCAGUUUCUGCACUUAAGUUAGACAAAAAUAAAUCUGGAACAGAAUUAAAGAAAGAUGAUAGCUCUGAAUCAUCAACAUCCAGUUCUGAUGAAGAACUAGGUAAUAAGCCAUCCUUAGCUUCUGUACCAAAACCAAUUCAAAAUAAAGUAGAAACAAAACAAUCUGUUGUUUUAAAGAAAGAUUCAUCCAGCUCAAGUGAAUCAAGUUCAGAUGAAUCCAGAAAUGGAGCAAAUUCGACUAAAUCAGCAUCUGUUCAAGGAGGAUUGAAAUCUCUUUCACAAUCCACAACACCAAAACAGGGUGAUAUUCCAUCAAAAUCAGCUUCUAAAACACAAAGAAAUGAUUCUAGCUCAAGUGAUUCAUCUUCAGAAUCAGAAAAAGACAGGGGUGGUAUUCAAUCACUCAAACCUUCAGUUUCAACACAAAAAGCUGGUAAACAAGGUUGUAUCACUCCAAAAUCUGUUUCAUCAAAAAAAGAUGAAUCAUCGGAUUCGUCAUCUGAUUCAGAAGAUGAAAAAACAAAGAAGCCAACUGAUCACAUUGAGGUGAACAAAACAGUAUCCACACCUUUAAAUAAAUCAAAAAUGUCUUCAAGCUCCUCAGAUUCAUCUUCUGAAUCUGAAGAUGAAAAACAAAAAAAAAUUGGAUUAGGUUAUGCUAAGAAGACAUCCAAAGAACCAAUACAGGCACAUGUUGUGAAUCAAAGUACAAGCGCGAUUAAGAAACAAAAAUCAAGUGAAGAAAGCUCAUCAGAUUCUUCCUCAGAGUCUGAUAAAAAAAGCACUAAUAAAAAUAAAAAAUCUGUGAAUUUGACAGAUAAAAGAAAGGGAACAUCUGUUACACAUGAAGUGAAAGAGAAGAGUGAAUCUUCAUCAUCAUCAUCAUCUGAAGAAGAAGAAGGACAAAAAAAAAUUAUUAAAGCUGCUCCUGAUGUAAGAGCUCAGCCAACUAAACAGAUUGUAAGAAAAACAGCCAGUUCAAGUUCUGAAUCUUCAGAUAGUGAAAUGGAAGUAGAGAAUGCCAAAAACAAACCUAGCUCCGAUAAAACAAAGAUGUUAUCUAAAAAUAAAGAGGAAAAUAAAGCUAGAAAUUCUCCAAGCAAGCAUUUAAUACAGCAAAAUGCAAAUGGAAUGCAAAAACAAGAGUCAAGUUCCAAAGAGUCUGAUAAUAGUAAUAAUAAUGAAUCUUUGGUUGGCCAAAAAAGAAAAGCUUCUUGGACUAGUAAUACUUCUUCUGUAGGAAAGAAACCAAGGCUAGCAACUUCUGUUGAAGCUAUAAAUGAAACCAACACAUUCCAGGCAUCAAAUAAUGAAGGAGAGAAAGAGAUUUCACCGAUACUCGGAAAUAAUGACUACACCCCUGGUGGUCAGACACAGAAUGAUUUUAAAAGUACACCCUUCCGCAGAGUAAACCCUGAGAAUGUACAAGUUCAUACAAAGUUCAAGGAUAAUUCUUUUGAAGCCAAGAAAGGAGCUCGGGGAUCAUGGGGAGAGAAGGCAAACAAUGUGUUAAAGAAUGUGAGAGGCAAGGAUUUUCGGCAUGAGAAGACAAAAAAAAAACGAGGAAGUUAUCGAGGUGGCAGUAUUAGCACUGAAGUUCAUUCAAUAAGAUUUGAAGACUAAGACAUCAUAUGGUUGUAAAACAUCUUGAAACAAAGCCAUUUUUAUUUUCUCAUAGAGUAUUCAUUUUAAAGUUAUUUGUCAUCUUUCAAAAAUUAUUUGAAUUAUUAUACAAAAGUUGGAAGCUUCUGAACUGUGAUUAACUCAAGUCCCAAAGGUAUACAAUUGGAUUAUCUUUCAUUGUAUAAGGAUUGAAAUGCUCCUAUACGUUUUUUUCUGCACACAGUAAUUAUGUUGCAGUGAUCAAUAUCUUAUUUUUUUUUUGUUCUCUUUGGUUUAUGUUUAAUUCAGUAGUUUCAUAAAAUCAUGUCUUUUUACUUUUCUGUUCAUGACCAGAUGGGUUUUGGUGUGAAAUAAUUUUAACACAUUCAAUAAGUCAGAUAUUAUAUAAAUUCUUGUAAAGUUAGUGUUCCUUGCUGCAGUUGCUAAGGCUGUUUACAAUAAAAUAAAUACAAAA